AGCCACUGCCGAUGAACAGUAACACUGCAGUUAUCCAUACUCAUUAGCAUUGUCUUUCUGUUAUACGCUGCUCUACGCUCUCUUUCUCUUCUACCUAGGCUGGUCCUACCCUGAUAUUACCGGACCCCUUGCCAGGUCUUACGCAACAGGUAUCUUGGCGUGGCUUGCUUCUAUGGUGACCGCAGCCUCUCCAGGCCCUUCGAUUGAAAGAUAACGAACUACGAUCUAACAACGUCACACAAGGGAUUGAGGUGACUUAGGAGAUCUGAUGAGAAAGCGGCAGGGCCCUACUCCAGAAUGUCUCUACUCCAGAAUGAAGACUUUACGAUUUGGCAGUUACGAACAUCCUACCUCUCAAUAAUCAAAGACGGUAUCGGCGACCGACUGAUAACAGUCAACGAUUCAGUACUCAAUACGCCGGGUUUUCGCGCUGCUGGAUGGCUGCCGGCCACUACGAAUCCGACCGCCCAGGAAAACGGCGAUAUCAUCAAGCGAACAUACUCACCACCGAUUCCUACCACCGCCACCGUCGCGUCAGAAUAUUACCGCUUUGCCAGACAUAAUCAUGGUGAUCAGAAUGAGGAUGAUCGCUUCAGCAUUGGUGACGAUGGCGAUGAGGACGAGGGCGGGAUGGUGACGGGCGGGGGUGGUGGCAGUACUUACGUGUUCGGAGCAAGGAUUCACACACGCGGCGGCCGAAAGAAUCGACGACGAGAUCGCCAGCAUCGCGAUCAGCAAAAACAAGGAGCGGGUGACGAUGAAGAUAGUAGUGAUUUGAGCGACGAUAGUGAAGAAGAAGGCGAGGGUGGAAGAGCUGCCCAACAGAUCAAAUUCUCCAAAAUGCCAGUGCGAGAUCGAUCAGGGUCGGAGUCAGCUGCGCCCUUGGCAAGUCGGCCAUCCGCAAACAAUGCGCAUCGACGAAGCUCUGUUGGGACUGUUGAGAUCACAAAAGGGCGGCCGCGGGGCGAUACGGUUACUAGCAGUGACAUGUCUGAGGGUGAUAAUCCUGCCCUCUUUAAACGGCGGCAGAUACAGUUUUCUUCGAGGCAUGAGGUUAUCGAAGAACCGGAAGAUGAUGUGAAUGAGAACAGCGAGUUGAACUCUAGAGAUCUCCAGGAUCAUGACGAAGAUUAUGCACCUGGAUCUGUUGAUUCUGUUCUGUCAUCAGACUUUGGCGCUACCGCUGGAUCAGCUUCAUUACUGGCUGGUGUCGAGCUUAACGCUACUCUAGACUCUCCAGCUGUAAUGCACAAAUUGCCCAAUGCAAGCUCUCACGGCGCAUCGCCUAAGAAGUUAAAAACAGCGAUCCCGGAGUUGCAAGAGUUGCCUCCGCCUCGACCAAUUAGCACCUUGCAACCAAUUAGCUUGUUGUCGAAAGAGCUGAAUGCGCGCAAAGCGGUGCCUAAGAAUCCCUUGGAGAUGUUUGCGUCAUUAUGGGGUGCUGAGUCCAACACUGCUCUGAACAUCAAGAUCUACGCUCCAUUUUCUGAAGACCCAGAAGAACCUUUCAACAUGCCUAUAUUCCGAGAAUCCCGAGAUCACGACCAGCUGCGUCCCGUUACAGUUACAGAAGCCAUUGGGCUAGCCUUGUGGAGGUAUAUGAAAGAGGACCUCAAACCAUCUAUCGAACCUAAUAAGCUGAACGUGAACCGAUGGACGUUGCGCAUGGUAGAGGAUGGGGAAGUUGAAUAUGAUUUCCCUGCCUUGGGUCGAAACCGUCCACUGGAAGAUUUUACCUCGAACAACAAUCGUUCUGCUGGUAUGAGAGGCCGAAUGAGAGGAAAGCAGUAUGAUGAAUUCGCGUUGGUUGAGGCGAUGGAUGCAGAGUUUGCAGAAAACUCUCGACUUUAUCCACAAUUCAACCCCGAGCCUAUUUCUAGGCCCAGCGAAGGCAUCCCUACCAUUCAAGCUCCUUCUAGCACUACUCCUCCUCAAAUCAACAAGCCCGCGCCUUCGGUACCAAGAGCCAAUCCGAUCCUCGGCCAACCAUUCUCUUCGGCAUUAAAUGACAAUACUUUGACACCAGCCGACAUGCCCGCGCCGACGUCUCAUGCCACACCUCGCUUAGGCGUGCAGAAGACAUUAAAAGUCAGAUUUGUCAAUAUCGAAGGCUCGAGCCAAACAACCACUGUCAAUACCGCUACUGACAGCUACAUUGCGGAGAUCCUAGACUCGGUUUGCAAGAGAUGGGGACUAGACAAAGCAAACUACCUACUCAAAGUCCAGAACUCCAACACAGUCGCACCACUUGAUCGCACCGUAGAAGUCCUCGGCAACGUAUCCGAACUCGACGUCGUUCGCCGGCGUUUCGGUGCCGGGGCAUCCUUCGCCGGAUCCCCUGGAAGCGCGUCCCCCAACGCACCUCUUCAAAUCGGCAAUGCGAACCUCGUAGCCGCAAAGAAAGGCAAGAGAGGCCAUCAAGUCCUCCAACCACUCUCCCAGCCCCAGAAACAGGAUCUCGUCGGCGGCUAUUACCGGCGCUACUACGUCUACCGCAAACAAUCCAUGUCCUUCACCGCGUCCAACCAGAAAGUCCUUGUCCUCGACAAUGACUACCUGCACAUCAUGCCCGGCGAAACCGGCAAGGGCGUGUUUGAGACCCCGGGAAAGACGCGCUCGAUCAACUUCAACGAUAUCGUCGGCAGCAAAGUCAGCCGCCGGCACCCAAAGAGUUUCCGCGUCGUGGUUCUUCGCGGAACAGACGGGCAUGAGCAGAAGCGCUAUGAUUUUGAAGCCAGGAAUGAGGCCGAGGCUACGGAGAUUGUUGGCGAGAUUAAGAAGAACAUGGAGCAUUUUCGGGUUUAGAUUCAUUCACGUGUACCGCUCUUCUUUUCUUUUGUUUUUUUUUCUUACGUGGUGGCCGGCUGGUCUUAUUAGCAAUGGGAAUGGCGUUUACUAGUCCUGUUACAUGCAUGAUAUCUGAAGCUGGGGUUUAACGGCAUUUUCGUUGUCCGGAAUAUCAAGGAUACCAUUUUUUUUCCUGGUGAAUACAUCUCUAUAAAUGACUAUAACAAAUCAAGUGCGACGCUAAGUGGCUCAUUUCCUUUGAGAUGCGUUAUAUCAAUUAUGAAGUACAAAUAUAGCCACUUGUAUAGCUCGGUGGUAGGAUCGGUCAUCUGACUGGGAAUUGAU